CACGAUGACGGCGUCUCCCGACUACCUGGUGAUUCUCUUCGUGACCACGGCGGGCACCAACGGGGCAAGGUUGGGCUCAGACGAGCGAGAGCUGCUCCAGCUCCUGUGGAAAGUGGUCGACCUGAGGAGUAAGGAGCUGGGGCACCUGCAUGACGUGCUGGUCCGGCCUGACCACACAGAACUGACGGCUGAGUGCCAGGAGAUCACGCAAGUGGAUGUGGAGAGCCUGGCACUGGCUCCACCGCUGGAGCAGGCAUUGAGACAGUUUAAUCAGUCCGUGAGCAAUGAACUGAACAUUGGUGUAGGUACUUCUUUCUGUUUCUGUACUGAUGGACAGUUGCACAUUAGGCAGGUUCUACACCCUGAAGCUUCCAAAAAGAAUAUUUUACUGCCUGAAUGCUUCUACUCCUUUUUUGACUUGCGGAAAGAGUUCAAGAAGUGUUGCCCUGGCUCACCUGACCUUAGCAAGCUUGAUGUUGCAGCCAUGAGAGAAUAUUUAAAUCUUGACAAGAACAGUGCAGCACUUCCCUAUGGAGCCUCUCAAGUUGAAGAUAUGGGCAAUAUUAUUUUAACAUUAAUAUCUGAACCAUGCAAUCACCGAUUUUCAGAUCCAGAAAGGGUGAACUACAAAUUUGAAAGUGGGCCUUGCAGCAAGAUGGAACUUGUGGAUGACAAUGCUGUUAUCAGAGCACGAGGAUUGCCGUGGCAGUCAUCUGACCAGGAUAUAGCAAGAUUCUUCAAAGGUCUAAAUAUUGCCAAAGGAGGUGCUGCGCUCUGUCUCAAUGCCCAGGGUAGGAGGAAUGGGGAGGCUCUUGUGAGGUUCGUAAGCGAAGAGCAUAGAGAUCUAGCACUACAAAGGCACAAGCAUCACAUGGGGAACAGAUACAUAGAGGUGUACAAGGCAACAGGUGAAGACUUCCUUAAAAUUGCAGGAGGUACUUCCAAUGAGGUUGCACAGUUCUUGUCAAAAGAAAACCAAGUGAUUGUCAGGAUGCGAGGUCUUCCUUUCAAUGUAACAACAGAAGAAGUGCUGACUUUCUUUGGCCAGCACUGCCCUGUAACAGGAGGAAAGGAAGGAGUCCUGUUUGUCACUUACCCUGACAGCAGACCAACAGGAGAUGCCUUUGUCUUGUUUGCUUGUGAGGAAUAUGCACAAAAUGCACUGAAAAAGCACAAGGAUUUGUUGGGGAAAAGGUACAUUGAACUCUUCCGGAGCACUGCAGCGGAAGUUCAGCAGGUGCUGAACAGGUACUCUUCCACACCUCUCAUUCCUCUCCCAAGACCUCCAAUCCUUCCAGUAUUACCUCAACAAUUUGUGCCUCCCACUACCAUCAGAGACUGCAUACGUUUGCGUGGUCUUCCCUAUGCUGCUACUAUAGAGGACAUUCUGGAGUUCCUGGGAGAGUUUUCUACAGAUAUUCGGACCCAUGGAGUUCACAUGGUACUAAAUCACCAGGGACGUCCAUCGGGAGAUGCUUUCAUUCAGAUGAAAUCUGCAGAUCGAGCUUUUCUGGCUGCACAGAAGUGUCAUAAGAAGACUAUGAAGGACAGAUAUGUUGAAGUCUUUCAAUGUUCUGCUGAAGAGAUGAACUUUGUAUUAAUGGGGGGCACUUUAAAUCGAAAUGGCUUGUCCCCACCACCAUGUAAGUUACCAUGCAUUUCACCCCCUGCCUAUUCCUUUCCGGCUCCUGCUGCAGUAGUGCCAACAGAAGCUGCUCUGUAUCAGCCAUCCAUGCUUCUGAACCCACGAACACUCCAGCCCUCCACAGCCUACUACCCUGCUGGGGCUCAGCUCUUCAUGAACUACACAGCAUAUUACCCCAGAUAA